AUGCCGUCGGCMGCGGGCGCCUCCGGAGGGCGCGGGGCGGGGAAGGGCGGCCCCGGGGCAGCUUCACCCCGCCCGCCAGCCCCGCUCCGGCAGCCGCCGCCCAACGGCCCCGCCGCGCCCGGAAACGGCAGCACCGGCGCGGGGCUCCGCUCCCCGGACAUGAGCGGGCUGGCCUCGGCAGGGCUGUUUCUCCUUCCCGAGGAGCCGCAUUCCGCCGCACCUGUGGAUUUCCUGCAGGAGCUGCCCAGCUGCCAGCCGGCGCGGAGGCGGCGCGGGGGCACCGGGGAGCGGCGGCCGACCCUGCCCGGGAGCGCUGGCAGCCGCGGGGCCCGGGCGCUGCUGCGGGACAGAGGCGAUGGACGCCCCGCCAGGGAGUACCCGCUCAGCAUCGCCGAGAAGAGGGCGUUAUUAAGGGACUUUCAGCAGGCCGAUGCCGAACAUUUAUCUAGAUGGAAGAGGUGGAAAAGARCUAGCAGUAAAUCAUUGAAAAAAGCACUCGGUGAAGUCAAGGGCUUGUCAUCUUACCUGGUGCUYUGGCGACACGAUAUUCACAGCAUAGAAGGGAAAUUUGGUACUGGCAUUCAGUCCUACUUCUCCUUCCUGCGUUUUCUGGUCCUGCUGAAUUUUAUAAUUUUUAUCCUGAUGUUCAGUUUUAUUACUCUUCCCAUCAUCAUUUCUAAAUAUGGAAUAUUCAACAAUACCAUUGUUAACAUUUCUCCAAAGUAYAUAGAAGAUAACUGCACAAUUUAYGAACCUAGUGGUAAUAAGGGACUUGUUUACUUCUAUACUUACCUCCAAGAUUUGCUCAGUGGCACUGGAAUCCUUGAAGUGACAAGUUUGUUUUAUGGCUAUUACACAAUAGAUGCUAUAUGGAUCAGUACCAUGAGGUACAACUUGCCACUGGCAUACCUGCUGGCUACAUUUGCCUACCUUGCCUUAAGUCUCCUCUGGAUAAUAAAGAGGUCUGUGGAAGGCUUUAAGCAGAAUUUAGUGCAUGAUGCAGAUCCAUUUCAGAGUUACUGUAACAAAGUCUUUGCAGGCUGGGACUUCUGUAUUACAGAUCCAAAUGCAGCCCGGCUGAAACAUCGCAGUUUGCARUGUGAGCUCCAGACGGACUUGCAGGAAGAAAAAUUGAAGCAAAAAAUAGCUGAGAGGACAAUGAAAGAAAAGYUACGCAUCUACUCUCUGAGAAUAUUUAUAAAUAUCAUUGUUCUUGCCAUUUUAUCAGGAUUUUUUUACUCCAUUUAUAAAGUAACUGUCUUCUCUCAAGAAAACUCCAAUGACGUCGACAAUGCAAACUUCCAGGCUAAUCUCUUAGUGCAGUAUUUGCCUUCCAUGGUGAUCACRCUGGCCAACUUCAUCGGUCCUCUGAUCUUCUCAUUUCUGAUCAGAUUUGAAGACUAUACACCAGCCUUUGAAAUCAAGAUGACACUCUUGAGGUGUGUCUUCCUGCGUUUGGCCAAUAUUGGCGUUCUCCUGUUCUCGCUGUGGAGUCAGAUCUCUGACUGUGGCUCUGACAAGUGUAAGCCCUGUGGAUACAAUUACAAACUCUAUCCUUGCUGGGAAUCUGAUGUUGGGCAAGAAAUGUACAAACUGAUGAUAUUUGAUUUUAUUGUGAUUCUUACUGUGCCCCUGUUUGUGGACUUCCCCAGAAUGUUGUUAGUUACUCAUUGCUCUUGCAAGCUAGUUCAGUGGUUUGGCCUGCAGGAAUUUGGAAUUUCUGACAGUGUCCUGGAAAUCAUUUAUGGGCAGACCAUUUGCUGGAUUGGAACCUUCUUUGCACCACUUCUCCCUGCAAUAGCAACUAUAAAAUACUUUGUCAUCUUUUACAUUAAAAAGAUCUGUUUGAAACACACACGUAAACCUGCAGCUAGGCCUAUCAGGGCUUCAAGUUCCAACUUUUUCUUCUUGUUGGUGCUGUUGAUUGGGCUCAUCUUGGCUUUUAUCCCUGUGGGAGUCAGCAUAGCACGUAUCCCCUCUUCCAAAGCAUGUGGGCCAUUCAGGAAUUUUAACACUUCGUGGGAAGUUAUUCCAGCUACAAUAGUUACAUUUCCAACAGGUCUGCAGCAGGUCCUUUUUGGCAUGGCAUCAGAAGCCUUUGCAGUGCCUUUUUUUAUGAUCAUUUGCAUCAUUAUGUUCUAUUUUACUGCCUUGGCUAGAGCACACAAACGAGUGGUUGAGCAGCUCAGAGAACAGCUGGUUUUGGCGAGUCAUGACAAGCUGUUCCUAAUCAGAAAGAUAACAGAAGCUCGGAGGUGUCCUUGAAAACCAUGUAAGCCAAAAGAACUUGACUUGCUGGAGCUCCUAGAACCACAAGAUAACAGCAGAAGCAUUUGCAGCUUCUAAAACCUGAGCAGCUGACUGGCACCCUGCCACUGUGAUCCAUACAACGGGUGCUUGUGGUCUGAGUCUUUCUUGAUUAAGCUAGUGGAACUCAUUUUCCAAAACUUGGAACUUGAGCAAAUCUAUACUGUGUUAGAGCUGUUCARAAAAGGAUACUUAAUGCUGCUACAGUUUUAAGGCUGUUGGGAUUUGCUAARUCCCUAUUUUUCAGUGAACUUGGGUAAAAUAUGAUGAGAACUGAAACUCUUUUAUACUGUUCUUACAAAUUAUGCUAUACGGAUCACGAGAGGGGUGAAAGGUAUGGUUUUACAUGUUUUCAACUCCUUUCAUUUGCUUUGUUUUUAAAA